GGGUAAUUUGUGAUUCGCAUAUGCACAAGCUGCCGGCACUGAGCGUCUCAUCUUUGGCGUCCUUUCUACAGGUGACUGGUUUUCCCUUUUUCAGAUAUGUGGUGGUUCUUACUCUUGGGAGCAUUACUUGUGGCAGUGUCUGCAGAUCCCAUAAUAUAUUUUCAAGAACAGUUUGAGGAUGGAGAUGAUUGGCAAAAAAGGUGGAUUGAAUCAAAAAACAAAUCAGAUUUGGGAAAAUUCCAACUUUCUUCAGGCAAACUUUUUGGCGAUCCAGAAAAGGAUAAAGGUCUGCAAACAAGCCAGGAUGGAAAGUUUUAUGCUAUCUCUGCAAAAUUUGAGCCAUUCAGUAAUGAGGGACAGACCUUGGUGAUCCAGUACACUGUACAACACGAGCAAGGGAUUGACUGUGGUGGAGGUUAUGUAAAAUUAUUUCCUGCAGAUAUGAACCAGGAGCAAUUGAGUAGUGAAUCCCAGUACUACAUUAUGUUCGGGCCUGAUAUCUGUGGUACUAUACAUGAGAAAGUUCAUAUUAUCUUUAACUACAAGGGGGAAAACCGCUUAAUCAAAAAGAACAUAACUUGUAAGCAUGAUGAACUGACCCACUUAUAUACACUGAUUGUUCGUCCCAAUAAUACAUAUGAAGUUAAGAUUGAUAAUGAAAAUGUGGAGAAUGGCACAUUGGAAAAUGACUGGAACUUCCUUCCACCCCGUAAAAUAAAAGACCCAAAUGCAACCAAACCAUUAGACUGGGACGAGAGGGAGCAGAUUGAAGAUCCCAGUGAAACAAAGCCAGAGGAUUGGGACGAGACAGAAUACAUUCCUGAUCCAGAGUCACAUAUACCGAUUGAUUGGGAUUCUACCAUGGAUGGGGAAUGGGAACCUCCAAUGAUCCCAAACCCGAAAUACAAGGGAAUAUGGAAACCACACAUCAUAGACAAUCCCAAUUUUCAAGGAGAGUGGAUUCAACCAGAGAUUGAUAACCCAGAUUAUGUACCAGAUACAAAUCUCUACAGAUAUUACAAUAUUGGGAUUAUUGGACUGGAUUUGUGGCAGGUAAAGUCAGGCACAAUCUUUGAUAAUUUCCUUAUAACAAAUAAUGAAACAUUUGCGGAGAAGAUUGGAAAUGAGACAUGGGGCAUUACAAAGGAUCCUGAAAUGAAGAUGAAAGAAAAACUGGAUGCGGAAAAAGAGGCAAAGGAGGCACAGGAGAUAAAAGAGGGGAAAGCACCAAAGUGGAAAGGCUUACUAAAAGACAUAGAAAAAAUGGGAAAAAUUAAAAAAGACGGUAAAGCAGAAAGACCCAAAAUAGAACAAGAAUCAAAACCAGUGGAAAAAGCAACUGAAAACAUUACACAACCUGAAGCUGAAACAAAAGAAGAAACCAAUACAGCAGCUAAGGAUGAAUUAUAAUACAUUGUAGUAAGAUCACAAAUGCACUUGAAGUUGGGAAAUAUCUUGUUAAACAGCCACUAUUUCCAUUAGACAGGGUAUAGUGUCCCUUAAAAAAAAAUCUAACACAGACUUUAAUGUUUAUAUAUUUAGGUUUACUUUUCGGAGUGAGACUGUAGGCAUAAACAAAGAAUAAAUUAACUAGAUCCUGUAGAACUGGAACAGGUGGAGUUUCAUUUGAUUACAUCACACACAGAGACUAUUAACUCUGUGUCAUCAGUAAGAUAAUGAUCUUGUAAUUUAAGACUUUAUACUAUCAUAAAUGAUUGGCAUAAAGAGCAUUUUCUAACAUUUGUGUCAGUGACAUUUUUGUGAUGUUUUGUUUUUGUUAUAGUGGCUCUCUAAGGUUUGGCAAAUUGAUAGCAAAAAUUCAGAGCUCCCCCCUUGUGCCAUUAGUCUUGGCAAAACUAGAACUGGAUCAUUGUCACACUGAUGAUAUGGACUAACUGAUGUCUUUGUACUUAGGCUUAGGGCUCUUACUCAUGAGCGUUGGCUUUGUGUGUUCGCCACUGCUGGAUCUUUUAUGCUUUCCGCCAGAGCCCAGUCUUUUUUUAUCACAUUGUACUCAUUGUGGCACAGAGAAAAUUUGGUCCUUACACCUGCAUUUGGCACUUCCCUGUGGCACAGUGAUUUCAUUGUGAUAGAAAACACUGGACUGCAUUAAUUCCUGUGUUCCCCUGCUUUGAAACACAUGAAAGAGCAUAGCACUGGGGAACACACAAGCAAACACUUGUAUAAGAGCCCUUAAACUCUUAAGUGCCUUUACUCACCAAAUUUAAUAUUCAGAUAUAACCCUAAGCAUUUACUUGGCUAGUCAGGAUUAGGAAGUACUACAUGCUGGGCCCCUCCAGGGUUGGACUUGGCUGGCGGAACACCAGGAAAAAACCCAGUGGGCCCUGCCGACCCAGAACCGAUUCCCAGUGGGAAGUAUUGAGGCUCCCCCAGUGACUACUGUCCCCCACAUCCAUGGUGAGGUACGUAUGAGGUAUACA